CAAUUCCUGCACCCUGCUGUGCUGUGCCUGGGCAGCAGCUGCACCCACUGGGUGUCGCUUUAAGGGUUCUCCUGGCCCGGAGCCCUGACCCGCCUCUGCUCAGCGUCACGCAUCUCUUCCUGCUCUGCAGGCCGCUUCCCACCUCCCUGCUCCUUUCCCCAUCCCCAGCCCAGCAUGGCCUCUCCCACCUUGCAGAAGCUGGAGGACAAACUGCAGUGCCCCAUUUGCCUGGAGCUCUUCAGGGUGCCCGUCACCUUACCCUGCGGGCACAACUUCUGCGAGCGCUGCAUCGACAACCACAGGAACAGACAGGAGCAGACAGCCGACGGGGCCAAGGGGGGCUACACGUGUCCUGAGUGCCGCUACAUCUGCGAGAGGCACCUGGAGCUGAAGAAGAACGUGGCGCUGAGCGCCGUGGUGGAGCUGGCACGGGCGGGCAGGGUGCAGGCGAAGGGCCGUGAGCUGAGGCACGUUGGGCUGUGCCCGCUGCAUGGGCACCCGCUGGAGCUGUACUGCAAGGAUGAGCAGCGCUGCAUCUGCUGCGUCUGCAUCCUGCGGCAGUGCCAGCAGCACCGCAAGGCUCUGUUUGAAGAGGAGCACUCCGAGAAGCAGGCUCUGCUGGAAACGUCCCUGGAAGAAGCUCAGAGAGAAACAGAGAGGAUGGAGCAGGCGCUGCGGGGGCUGAAGGAACGGACACAGAGCAUCAAGGACUCCUCCGAGAGGCUCCGAGCUGUGAUCCUGAGCAAAUUCACCCAGCUGGAGGAAGCGCUGGCCAAGUUCCGGGAGCAGAUGGUGGCCAAGGUGGAACAGGAGGAGCUGGCGGCUCUGGGACACAUAGAAAAGGACCGGAACAUGUUGAAGGAUCAUCUGGAGGCCCUUGGGCAGCACCGGGACCGGGCACAGUGCCUGCUGAACUGCACUGACCACCAGGCCUUCCUCGAGGAGUUCCCGCAGCUCCUGACCCCGCAGAGCAUAGAGGUGCCACCGUUAGUAGAGUUUAACGUGGCUGACGUGGUGGAACCCAUGAGUGAGAUCCUCUCUGCUGCCUCCAAGCUGCUGCUGCAGGAGCUGCCCUGCUCACUGGGCCCCAGUGCCCCCGAAGCCCCCGACCCCAUUGCCCCAGGCCCGGUGCAGCCUGAGAAGACAGUGGUGAAGUUGGUGUCCACCCCUGUCCCCGUGUGCCAGCUGCGUGCCGAGCUGCUGAAGGCUCACAGAAACCUCACCUUCGAUCCCGACACGGCCAACAAGUACCUGGAGCUGUCGUGGGGUCAGCGCAGAGCCAAGCACGGCCCCAGUGCUGCUGUUGGUUGGCAGGAACGCGGCCGCCGCUUCGAGCCCUGGCAGGUGCUGUGUGUGCAGAGCUACGGGCAGGGCCGCCACUACUGGGAGGUGACCAUCUCCAGCCACUCCGUCGUGCUGGGGGUGACGUACGGUGAGAUUCCCCGGCACAAAAGGAGGGGCUGCAUGUUCAGCAUCGGGUUGGACGGCGGCUCCUGGGGGCUGCAGGUGCGGGAGGACAGCUACCUGGCCUGGCACAAGGGGCAGGAGGAGAAAAUCCAGCUGAGGCUCUACACCGAGCUGGGGAUCUGCCUGGAUUACGACCAAGGGCUGCUCUCCUUCUACGGCCUCGGGGAAGGGCUGCAGCUCAUCCACUCCUUCCAUGCUGUCUUCACGGAGCCGCUGUUCCCCGUGUUCUGGCUGUGCGAGGGCCGCACCGUUACGUUGCGCCAUAGGGACUGCGGGGAGCCUGAAGGAGAGCUGGGGCUAGGGCGGAGCGAGCGGGCGGGGCGCGGUGUCCGACCGCCCCAUCCCGCCUGCGGGGCCGCUCGGUCGGGGCGCGCAGGGAUGGAGGGUGCGACCGGGAGAGCCCCGCCGGUCCCUUCCGCCGCCACCGCCGCGGCUCUGCGGUUGGCGUUGGCCGUGCCGGGUUUGCCCGACGGUCCUUUCGGUUGUCCCAUCUGCUUGGAUCUGUUGAAGGACCCGGUGACGGUGCCGUGCGGCCAUAACUUCUGCCAGGGCUGCCUAGGGAAGCUCCGCGGGAGGACGGGCCCCCCCGACGGGGCGGCGGGCGGGGCGGCACGCUGCCCGCUCUGCCAGGAGCCUUUCCCGGCGGCUCUGCGGCUCAGCAAGAACCGCGCCCUGUGCGAGGUGCUGCCGCUGCUGGGGGCCGCCGGGGCCGGGACGUCCCCCGACGGCGCGCGGACCCCCCCGGCUAUUCCAUCCCCUCAGUCCGGGCCUGGAAACUCCCCCGGUAGCGCCGAGUUCAGCGGAACGGGACCCAUCGGAGCCGAGUCCUCGCCCUCCGGGAUGGCUCCGGGAGCUGAAGAGCAACCGGAGGGAGAAGCGGAGCUGGAAGAGGGGGCAGCGGCGGUGCUGUGCGACGUGUGCCCCGAGGGGGGUCGGGCGGCGGCUGCCCGCUCGUGCCUGGUGUGCCUGGCGUCCUUCUGCGGGGCCCACCUGGAGCCCCACCGCCGCUCCCCCGCCUUCCGUUCUCACCGCCUCGUAGCCCCGUUGCGGCGCUUGGAAGAAGGGCUGUGCCCGCGGCACCUGCAGCCCCUCGACGGCUUCUGCCGGGCAGAGCAGACCUGCGUGUGCGCCCGCUGCCGCGCCCACGAGCACCGCGGCCACGACGUGGUGUCCCUCGAGAAGGAGCGGGAGCACAAGGAGGCCCAGCAAGCCAAAUUCCUCAGCAGUGUGGACAACGAGCUGGAGGAGCUGGCUGUCACCAUCGCACAGACCAGGAAGAUGGUGGAGCUCAUUAAGGGUGUUGCCAGCAAGGAGAAGGAGCGGGUGGAGAAACUCUUUGCAGAAGCCUCUGAGCUGCUGGCCACCUUCCAGAAGGAGGUGGCCGCCUUCAUUGAGGACAGCGAGCGCUCCAUGCUGGGGGAGGCCGAGGCUGACCUCCGCUGGAAGGAGGAGAGGCGAGCCAAGCUGGCCCAGGGCAAGCAGAACCUGGAGAAUGUCCCCAGCACCGACACCAUCUACUUCCUUCAGGAGUUUCAAGCCUUAAAAAUAGCCAUGGAAGACAACCUCUCUCCGGCUCCGAGCUUCCAGAACGAGCUCAACUUCACCAAGUGCUCCCAAGCCGUCUGCGCCGUCAAGGACGCCCUGUCAGCUGCCCGCAAAAGCCAGUGGGACUGUUUGCAGGGGAAAGGAGUGGAUGGGAUGAGCUUCCCAAAGAUGGAGGAAGCGAUGACCAAGUCUCAAUUUCCAGACAAGUCAAACAAUCCCGCCUGCCUGGAGAGCCGCGAUUACUUCCUGAAAUUUGCCUUCAUCAUCGACCUGGACAGCGAUACGGCUGACAAGUUCAUCCAGCUCUUUGGCACCAAGGGAGCCAAGCGGGUGCUCUGCCCCAUCCCCUACCCAGAGAGCCCGACCCGCUUCAUCAACUGCGAGCAGGUGCUGGGUGUGAACCUCAUGAACCGGGGCAACUACUACUGGGAGGUGGAGCUCAUCGAUGGCUGGGUCAGCAUCGGCGUCAUCGCCGAGGUCUUCAACCCCCAGGACUCCUAUGAGCACAGCCGCCUGGGCCGCAACACGUGGUCCUGCUGCCUGCAGUGGAAUGGGCAGAACUACGCCGCCUGGUUCGGUGGCUUAGAGUCUGUCAUCCAGCAGCCGUUUUUCCACACCAUCGGGGUCUUUUUGGAGUAUUCGGAGAAGGCUUUGACCUUCUAUGGAGUCAAGGACUCCAAGAUGACGUGCCUGAAGCAGCUCAAGGCCGGCUCCUUUGCAAAAGCCCAGUCGGACCCUUUCCAGCACAAGAUCAACCAGCAGUUUGCAGCUCUGUUCUCCUUCAAGCUGAAACCCGCCUUCUUCCUGGAGAGCGUCGAUGCCCACCUGCAGAUCGGGCCGCUGAAGAAGGAUUGUGUUUCGGUGCUGAAGCGCAGGUAACUGCCCUAGGAGCAGGCCCAGAGGAGCCCUCCAUGCAGCACGCAUCGUGGCUUCCCUCCGUACAUCGGGGCAGCCCCACUUGGCGAAGCGCUUUCCAGAACUGCAGCAUGGAAUCAUCUGGGUUGGAAGAAGCCUUCAAGACCGCCGGGCGUCAUCCUGACUGACUGUCAGCUGGAGUCCCACUGCCAACCCACGUCCCAACACUGACCCACAUCCAAAGCCUCUCGAUGCCCAUCAAUGCCACAAACAAGAAGUGAGGAUCUCUGCAUCCCUCGUGUUUGGCGCGCCGUGGAAAAGCCGUGGUCCUUCCUACGUGUGCUGGAGCUCUGGGCUAUUCUGCAUCCAAACGUCUCUGCUGGGAGAAGGAAGGGACUUGCUGGGAAACGCCAGCAUUGCUCGGAGCACAGAGCAGUUCUGGAUGUGCUCAUGGUAGACACGUUCUAUGGGAAUUGCUGACGGAAGCCUUUUUGUCAAAUUUCCCCUCAUGUUUUUGAUGACCCUGCUAUUUUAGGAGAUUUUAAUACCGAUAAACUCCCAGCUCUUCAGGCACCCCGGGCUCAUCUGAGCUAUAAAUGCAACCUGUAGCUUAGAGAGCCUUUCAAACAACCAAGAGCUGCUAUGAGUACAGCCUGGGGUAAACGGUGUUUCUUAGGCACAUUGAUGAAAGCUAAUGAUUAAAUCCCUUUAGACUCCAGGAACAAGUAACAAUUAACAACUGCUCUCCAGCCACCGUCCCAUCUGGGAGAGGUGGAGGCUUCAGGCACAGUGCCCAUUCACGUGUCCUACAGGAGCUUUUCCAGCACUGCCCCAAUGAUGUUGCAGAGGCGGCACAGUGCAGCUCCUGUCUCAGCCCUCCCUGCCUUCCUCUGAGUUUAUUUUUCCUGGGGUUAGUUUGCUACCUACCUCCCGAAGCUCACUUUACAGAAUUGUAAUGCUGGGUAAUAAAAAUAUAUGGGGCCGGAUUCUUUGCUGGCGUGAAUGAGUCAGUGAUGACGCACCAACGGUCAACAGGGGUGGAAAAACGGUCCGUUAAGCUAAAUAUACAAAAUAUGUAUAUAUGUAUUCCCCAAAGGAUAAGCUGGAAGUCAUAGUGAUGUAUUCAAAGGGAGCCAAGGGAAAAAAAAAAAACGAAUGUGAAAAACAGGCAGGCAUAAAGCCAGGAGGUUUAGAGUUUAGCCACGUUUACAUAAACACCGCGGCUCCAAUGGCUCCUGUUGCUGGUGAGUGGGUGUUCUUUGCACACAGAGCUGCCCGUCCCCAGCAAACAGCCACUGCUUUCAGCCCUCAAAUGGGGCCGAACGAUCUGAAUGCAGCAAUCCAGCCGCAGGACAGGGCAGGAAUGUUAGCAUGGCACUGGGAUGUGCCUGAAACCGCUCCUACUCCUCCUCUGCUCCUCCUGAACCACUGGGAAAGGGUGUAGGGCUUCCAGUGCUGCAUCUCUGGAUGGAAACAUCGUGGCCUUCAGGAAUGCUGCCCAGAUGGAAUUCACUCCCUGUGUCCUGAGCUCCUACCUGAGCUCCUACCUCGGAAAUGCUGUGGUUCACUCGGCCAGCCUCCUGCAAAAUGCCCUGCACGAGGCGGUAGCGGUGACACUGCGAGCAUCGGGGCUGCUUGGUUACAGCGGGGUCAGCAGUGCCUUGCUGGAUUAGAAGUCUGGAGACGUGCAGCAGCAACGUGCUGGGAGGAAGAGGAAGGUAACCCUGAUCUGCACUGCACGUCUGUGGGAAGAGAUCUGGCACGUGGGCUGUGUCCGAGCCCCAGAUGUCAUUUAUUCAGGCGAAAGCCCUACCUUUUGCUGCAAGGAGUUUUGCCAGAGUAAAUAGAGUGGAUCUGGUCCUUUGCCCCGUUUCAUUUGGCUGUGGGUGGAUGGAUGGCUCCCGGGGGGAACGGUGCGCUCCAGCCAUGAUCCCUCCCUUCCCUGUGUUGCCCAAACCAAAGCUGUGAGAUUCCUCUCCUUGCAGCUUUCAGCUGGUUCCUUGGAAUCCGGUGCUUUUCCUUUUCCAUCCCUGCAGCCCCAGGGGAGCAGCACUGGGAGCCUGGGCUCUGCUUCUGCUGCUUCCCACAGCCAGGGCAUCGCUCCAUUGCUCCUGCCCUAUAGCUGGGUGCUGGCGUGCAGCUCACAGAGGGGUUUGGAGGGCUCCUAUAAUGUGUUACAAACCCUCUCCUUCCUGCUGCUUCACAUCCAGGCUGGAAGUGCUAGAAAUCCUCAUGGUUUAGGGCAUAAAGCAAACUCUGACUGACGUAAGACAGGGGUUCCCACCCCCUGGUGUUGGAUCAGAGUUUGCUCUGUGUUGCCAAUAAUUUGGGUUGUACUGGAAUGAUUAGGAAACGUAUGUUAUGCCAGCCCUGGAUCUCUGAUUUUUUUGCUGUGAGCACUGUGCGUGGUGAGUUUAGAUAGGCAGCACUUUGCAAUUUCAAUGGCCUUUCCAUGCUCCUUCGAGUUAUUUUUUUUGUUGUCACAGAGUGUUCCUCUUUUUAAUUAGAUUUUUUUAAAUAUACAGUUACUGAGAAUCUCUUACAGUGUGUGAAGAAGUGUUCAAGGCCAGGUUGGAUGGGGCCCUGGGCAGCCUGGUUUGAUAUUAAACGGGGAGGUUGGUGGCCCUGCCUGUGGCAGGGGGUUGGAGAUUCGUGAUCCUUGAGGUCCCUUUCAACUCGUGCCAUUCUGUGAUUCUGUGACAGAGACUCUGAUUUGCCAUUAAAUGUUA